AAACAGGAAUAUUCGUACGAACUUGUGUUGUGUUCGAAACUGUCUUUCAUUUUCAAUUUUCAAGGAUACAGUAAGUUCAUCCAGGGACAGACAUAGUACCGUACGUAAAGUACCGUACUUACUUCAUACGAAUUUGACGUCAAAGAUCACAACAACAAUUGUAAGUAUCCCAAAAAAAAGAAACUAAAGGAAAACAAUGCGCUUGCUCUGAAUGGUGUCGGGAAUGAUGAUGGCAAGAAGGUCAGAGUCGGGUAUUCCUUCACUGUGUCAAGCGCUAUGGGUAAUUUAUCUAUUUUUUCAUCUACGCUGUUACUGCGAUGGAUUGCAGCCACAACUAACUUCUGCGGUGCUUGAUGAGAACAAAAGCAGUAGCCCGCUCACUGGAUUCGUGGUGGAUGGAUUCGAUGCUACGGCUUGCACUACGAACAGGCGGGGAGUUCUUCGUGCACUCUUCGGUGCCACGUUUUCUGCUACCAGUACCACAUUGAGACCUUCCUUCUCUUGGGCUUCUGCUUCGGCUCCGAACAGUAAUGCGCCUCCCUCUCCCUUUGUGUAUUCGGACUCCUGGACGGGAACGCGCCUGGAGAUCAAGACACUAAGCGAAGCCACUACCGAUGGUGCGUACUUGAUCAAUCGUUCGAGCGGCGGUGGUUCGGUCACCUAUCAAUGGCCGAUGGGAAAGUGGCCGGAUCCCGCGCUGCGAAUCCCCGCAACACCGGUCCCCCCGGCAAUGUGGCUGGAGGGGUCGGCGGAAGAACGCAGGCUUCGGCUGGCGGCUGCCAUCCUGCGGGACACGGCCCGGGCGGAGGGCGCGGUGGGGUUAGCGGCACAGCAGUGCGGGGUGGAUGCCCGCAUGGUGUACCUAUCGUCCAGCGGCAGGGUCGGAAGCGGAGAUCUCGUGCUGAUCAACCCCCGCAUCACCGCGCGGAGUCCCGAGCCGAGCAUGAGGGUGUGGACGGAAGAAUGCCUCGUCUUGCCACCUUCCUUCCGGGCGACCGUCCUGAGGGACGAUUGGAUCGAUGUGGAGUACGACCGCUCGUACGAGUACCGGGCACCGGCCAAAAGCGCAACAAAACACGACCGAGAGCCGUCGGUUCGCUCGCUGUCAUCUGCGACGGCGCGCUUCUUCGGAGAGCAGAGCCGCUGCCUCCAGCACGAACUCGAUCACGACCGCGGCAUUUUGAUCACCGACCACGUGGGGCUGGAUGAACUAGAAAACGAGACAAUGCGAACGAUCGAGGCCGAGGGGCACGACAGGCGACAGGCAAUUGCCUAUGCGAGGGAAUGAUCGAACUCUCCGACAAAUAAAAGUAGCAUGUUGCUGCGUUUCAAAUUCCCUGAGAGAAUGGUGCCAAGCGCAUUCAAAGUCACGAAAAUAAGCAAAGAAAAAUUCACUCCUUGUACAGUAUAUUCAUUGAAGAAAUAAUAAUUAUUGCU